ACUCAGAGAGUUUUUUUCUGUUUUUUGGCUUUUUUUGGGAUUUAUAUGGUCGUGAAAGGCUGUGAUGGCAGUGGUGGAGCAGAAACCGAGUUCUGAUCAGGGCAAAGUCUGGGGCUUCUUCAAGUUGCCGUUUCGAAGCUCGGGGGGCGUUCCGAAUAGCUCGUCGGCGUCCGCGGUUUCGCACCUGGGGGGUCACCACCACCCGAGCGGUCCACAGGUCGAGGGAUCGGAUGGGCAUCAUGGGUCGAGCUCGGUGUCGUCCGUCGCGAAAUCGCUCCUCCCGACUCGGCGGAGGUUGAAGCUCGAUCCGUCUACGAAGCUCUACUUCCCAUAUGAACCUGGCAAGCAAGUUAGGAGUGCCAUCAAGAUUAAAAACAUCAGCAAAUCUCAUGUGGCUUUCAAGUUUCAAACAACUGCACCUAAAAGCUGUUUCAUGCGUCCUCCUGGGGCAAUCCUUGCUCCUGGUGAAAGUAUCAUAGCAACAGUGUUCAAGUUUGUGGAGCAUCCAGAGAACAACGAAAAGCCGAUGAAUCAGAAGAGCAGGGUUAAGUUCAAGAUCAUGUGUCUGAAGGUGAAAGGAAUGAUGGAUUAUGUACCUGAACUGUUUGAUGAGCAGAAGGAUCAGGUUGUUGUAGAGCGAAUACUGCGGGUUAUUUUUCUAGAUCCCGAGCGUCCUAGUCCAGCUCUGGAAAAGUUGAAGCGCCAGUUGGCCGAAGCUGAUGCUGCCGUGGAGGCACGGAAGAAACCUCCAGAAGAUACUGGGCCAAAGAUCAUUGGAGAAGGGCUCGUCAUUGAUGAAUGGAAGGAGAGAAGGGAAAGAUAUCUCGCGCGACAGCAGGUUGAAGGGGUGGACUCGGUGUAAGGUUUGUUUACCGAGUGAUUUAAUCAGGGUUGAUUAAAAAUUUACUGGACUUUGUUGGGUUCAUUUUUGGCCCGUGCCCCUUCUUUUUCUUUUAGCGUAAUGCGAGAGAUGUCUCCGAGGAAUUGUGCAGGAAACUACAUCUUCAUUUGUAAAAAGAGCGAGGUUAAUUUUCUGUGAUUUGAGGUGCAAGAUACUCGGUGCUUGUAGAUAACGUCGGUUUGCUCCUUACCAUACAUGAAAUUGUCCGGUUUAGUUGCCUUC